AUUAUUCUGAUAGUUUUCAUUGGAAACGCGUAGUUCAUCGCUGUAACAUCACCGUUUUAGUGAUACCAACGGUCUGACUUCCGGUUAGCAAGCAGCGCAGCCUCCGCAGCAGCAGGUUAAAUUUAAACCCGUCAGACUGCUUUCACUGACGAUCCUCCAGGGGCUGAUACGACUCGAAUGUACCGACCUUAUGUGCUGGUAUAAAACUGUAGAAAAGUGGAAUAUUAUAGUUUAUCUAAUCGUUUAAGCAGAUUAGCUUCAUUGCUUACUUCGUCGCUGCGUCUAGUGCUGCAUUCAAAUUACUUGGAAAGAGAAUGUGUCUCUGAAAUGUGAUGCGAAAGCGGAAUAACUCGCUGACUGCGGAGCAUGACAGCGGGACCACCAACACCCUGCUGGACAGCGACCCGGACCUGAAGCAGCGUCCCGGCAGGGGAGCAGCGGGGCCCGCAGCGGGCGGCCGGCAGGGCCCGGGAGUGGAGGAGAGUAUGGGGAAACCGUUCAGGAGGUUGGGUCUGGCGGGGAAGCUGAGGAGGGUCGCGAUGUGGCUGCUGGUCGUCUACGUCUCCGUCCCCUUCAUCAUCAAACUGUGUCCGUCCAUCCAGGCCAAACUCGUCUUCCUCAACUUCGUGAGGAUGCCCUACUUCAUCGACCUGAAGAGACCCCUGGACCAGGGACUCAACCACACACACAACUUCUACCUGGAGCCCGAGACCGGACAGAAGAUCGGAGUCUGGCACACAGUUCCUGCUCUGAUGUGGAGAGAAGCUCAGGGGAAACGAGGCGACUGGUAUGACUCCAUGCUUAGCUCCGCCCACCCCGUCAUCCUCUAUCUCCAUGGAAAUGCAGGGACCAGAGGAGGAGACCACAGAGUUCAGCUGUACAAGGUCCUCAGUUCAGUCGGUUACCAUGUGGUCACGUUUGAUUACAGAGGCUGGGGGGACUCGGACGGCUCGCCAUCAGAGGGUGGGAUGACAUCAGAUGCUCUCUUCAUGUAUGAUUGGCUGAAACAGCGUCUGGAUGCCAAAACACCACUUUAUAUCUGGGGACACUCUCUGGGGACAGGAGUUGCCACCAACCUGGUCAGACGGCUGUGUGACAAAGGAAGUCCUCCAGACGCUCUGAUCUUAGAGUCGCCGUUCACCAACAUCAGAGAGGAGGCCAAGAGUCACCCAUUCUCCAUGGUGUACAGAUACCUGCCCGGCUUCGACUGGUUCUUCCUGGACGCCAUCACAGCCAACAAUAUCCGCUUUGCCAGCGAUGAGAAUGUGAACCACAUCUCCUGUCCCGUGCUGAUCCUCCACGCAGAGGACGACGGCGUCGUCCCUUUCCAUCUGGGCAAGAAGCUCUACAACAUGGCCUCCCAGUCAAAGAGCCUCAGCGGGCACAAGGUUCAGUUUGUUCCCUUCCCCUCCUCUCUGGCCUACAAGCACAAGUUCAUCUACAGGAGCCCAGAGCUGCCAAACAUCCUCAGUGAUUUCCUCGGCGCGGCUCAUCAACAGAUGGACGAGUCAGGCUGAAAACACGCUCAGUGUCGCGCACACACACACACGCACACGCACUGUUUUCUGAAGAUUGUCGCAUGAACUGGACGCCAACACGUCAUUCCUUUUUCUUUCCACAUUCCCCGUCACCAACGCGGCUUCAGCGGGUCUUCGGCCUGAUGUUGGCCGAGUGUUUUUACGUACUGUAGAGCGAAGAGGAAGACGGCGCUCAAACCAGACUGGACGAGAAACAUCUCUGCUUUUAUGGCGUUACGAGCUGUCGGCUUGAUUCUGUGUGAGCUCAUUUUUUGCGGUUUUGCUUUUCUGGAUCAUGUGUGACUGGUUUGUUUUUAAAAAUGUCUCCUCAGUUUUAAGGCCUGUCAUGACUUGAAUUAUGAAUUAAAUAUUUCUUGUUUUAUGUA